CCCGGAAGUGCUUCGCGGCGGAGGCCUGGGCGACUCUUUUGAAUGGAAUCGGGCUGAUUCAUCGCCGGUUCGCGGAGCCAGAGCCUGGCCGAGUCUGAGCUGCUGCUGCCGCUGUCACCGCCGCCGCUGCCGCUGCCGCUGCCUCUGCGUCACCGCUGCCGGCGGACAAGAGUCCAGACCGUAGCCUCCCGCCCCUCCUGCCUUCAGGAGAGAGAAAACAAACUUGGGAAAAGUUAUACCUGCCAGUAUUAGCAAGAGCUUGAGUUAAGAAGAAAUUUGUCAAACUCAAGAAAUUGAAGCUUAACACCACAAGAGUUGUAGUUCCUGACCAGAAAUAUGGACAGACUUCUUCGACUUGGAGGAGGUAUGCCUGGACUGGGCCAGGGUCAAGUCACGGAACUAACAAGAAGUGGAGCUAGAGUUGGAACACAAGUCUUUCUGAUGCCAAAGCCUAUUCUACAUCAACAACAUGUUCUCAGUACCAUGUUUUUUUAGAACAUACUGAUCCCACUUACGAAUUCUGUGGCAUCAAGAGAACUUGGGAGACCUGCCACUGAUGCAAAGUUCUGCUUAAUCUGCUGCUCUGGCCUGUGCUGAGAUUAAACCAGGGUUUUAACAGCUUCUUUCAUGGCCUUCAACAGUAAUGUUGGUUGGUGAUCUGACUGGCAGACAGGUGAUGCUCAUUGCCCAUGGGUCAUGGAGCUGGCACACAUUGGGGCCACCUACAGAUGCUCCUGCAGUGGACACAGCAGAACAAGUCUAUAUCUCUUCCCUGGCACUGUUAAAAAUGUUAAAACAUGGUCGUGCUGGAGUUCCAAUGGAAGUUAUGGGUCUGAUGCUUGGAGAAUUUGUUGAUGAUUACACCGUCAGAGUGAUUGAUGUGUUUGCUAUGCCCCAGUCAGGAACAGGUGUCAGUGUGGAGGCAGUUGAUCCAGUGUUCCAAGCCAAAAUGUUGGAUAUGUUGAAGCAAACAGGAAGGCCUGAGAUGGUUGUUGGUUGGUAUCACAGUCACCCUGGCUUUGGUUGUUGGCUAUCUGGUGUGGAUAUCAACACUCAGCAGAGCUUUGAAGCCUUGUCGGAGAGAGCUGUGGCAGUGGUUGUGGAUCCUAUUCAGAGUGUAAAAGGAAAGGUUGUUAUUGAUGCCUUCAGAUUGAUCAAUGCUAAUAUGAUGGUCUUAGGACAUGAACCAAGACAAACAACCUCAAAUCUGGGUCACCUAAACAAGCCAUCUAUCCAGGCAUUAAUUCAUGGACUAAACAGACAUUAUUAUUCCAUUACUAUUAACUAUCGGAAAAAUGAACUGGAACAGAAGAUGUUGCUAAAUUUGCAUAAGAAGAGUUGGAUGGAAGGUUUGACACUUCAGGACUACAGUGAACACUGUAAACACAAUGAAUCAGUUGUAAAAGAGAUGUUGGAAUUAGCCAAGAAUUACAAUAAGGCUGUAGAAGAAGAAGAUAAGAUGACACCUGAACAGCUGGCAAUAAAGAAUGUUGGCAAGCAGGACCCCAAACGUCAUUUGGAGGAACAUGUGGAUGUACUUAUGACUUCAAAUAUUGUCCAGUGUUUAGCAGCUAUGUUGGAUACUGUUGUAUUUAAAUAAAGCAAUGCAAAAAGCUAUUAGUGAUACUUUCAGUAUAUAUUUCUCUAUUGUUCAUAAUUCUCAAAAUCAAGGGACCUCUGAAGGUGUAUUUGGUUAAAUGUAAGACAUCUGGCAUCAUUUGCAGCACUGUAACACCUUCAGUCUCCGUUGUGCAAUUACUUCUGUUUCUUUAGUCAGGGUCCUUGCAGAUUCCAAAGUUGUAUAAGAAUACAUCAAAGUGGACAAAUUUUGUUAAGAUCCCAUUUAAUAUUUGAAGAAAUCAGUAACACAAAUAUAUUUUGAUUGUUGCUUACAAAAUAAAAUAAAUUUACAAUCUA